AUGAAGUACUUUAUAUUGCAGCCAGCACGCUACCUUGUAGACUGGAAUGCAGCGUGGGCACUUGUCAGCAACAGAGGUCGAAUGCCACCCUGCGUUGGUAUUGCCACUGCAUCCGGUGAGAGGCCUCCUGCAAACAAAAACGUCCUAGACUUUAGCGUACAAGCCAUCGAAUUGACGAUAACUCACCGAAACGGCGGAACAUACGAAAACCAGGUCGAAGUUAUACGCAACUCUCAGCUUCCGCCAGAGAGCUCUUAUGUCGAAAGCGAUAGCUAUAAUAGCGGCCUUAUGUGGUACUAUUACCACUAUAAUGUCAUACCAGAAGGACAAAGUACCCAGACUAGCUCUGAACUCGGAGUUUUUGUGAAGAAGCUCGACGAGCAAAGUUUCGAAAAGCACGAACAGAGCUUGGAAUGGUACUAG